AUGCCUCAAGCUGCGCACAAGAACAUCGCCUGGCAACUCCAGCUCCUCAUCAAAGGGAAGCUAUCGGCCAAAUGGCUUCUCUUUUCUUCGCGUAUGGGCACUCUAUCACCAAACACCCGAAUCGACAACGUUUCUCUUCAACCAAAUGGUCCAUGGGGCACGAGCGACCGCAGCGUUUUGACAGUGGGGGUGCAGGUUGGAAACUCGGAGAGUGAAGCGGAACUUCUCCUUGACGCAAGAAAUUGGCUGGAAUACGGUACCAGACUGUUCAAAGUCUGCGUCACAGUGAAAAUUUGA